AUGGCCUCCAACAUUUUGUUCAGUAGGAUCCGACCUCAAGCUGAUCAACCGAUCGUCGACUCCGAAGCGGAGAAGCAAUCGGACGUUGAAAGUCGCACUCCAGCACGACCAAUCGGUGUAGUUGACGAGCAGGAUGCACAAAUUAUCGACAGCGAGCAGUUUACACCAGAUGCACAGGCUGGUGUCAAAAAAAUAGAGGCGGUGACGACGGUAUGGACCAAAGGCGCCCUGUAUUUGGCGUACACCAUGAUCUGGAUCAUCUAUUUCGUCGACUCCAUGCAACAAAGUACGACUACUACCCUCACACCAUAUGUUACCUCUAGCUUUGGAAAGCAUUCUACCAUCUCCGCCACGGGAAUUGUCUCUGGAAUUGUUGGAGGUCUCGUCAAACUUCCACUCGCCAAAGUCCUCGACAUCUGGGGCCGUCCUCAAGGAUAUUUAAUGAUGAUAGUUCUUUUGACUGUUGGUCUCGUUAUGAUGGCUGGUUGCAACAACGUCGAGACGUACGCGGCUGCUCAGGUGUUCUACUGGGUCGGAUAUAACGGUUUGACGUAUACUCUUGGUAUCUUUAUUGCCGAUACAUCUACGCUCCGCAACAGGUCCUUCAUGUUCGCUUUUGCAACUUCACCGUAUCUUGCUACAACCUGGAUCGGUGGUCCCCUCGCAGACGCUUUCCUGGAAGGCCCAGGUUUUCGAUGGGGUUUUGGUUCAUUCGCCAUCAUCACUCCUGCUAUCACGCUCCCCCUCUUCUUCGUUUUCUAUCUGAAUUACAGUAAAGCUGAGAAAAUGGGUCUUAUCACUAGAACACCUUCGGGCCGCACACUCAGUGAAUCCUUCAAACACUAUGCCGUCGAAUUUGAUGUCGUUGGCCUUUUCCUCAUCAUUUCCGGCCUCGCCCUCUUCUUGCUCCCGUUCUCUCUCUAUUCCUAUCAGGAGAAUACCUGGCGCUCACCCAUGAUCAUCUCUAUGCUCAUCAUAGGUGGAUUGCUCUGCAUCGCCUUCGUCUUUUGGGAACGGUAUUACGCCCGCGUCACCUAUAUUCCUUACUCCCUCCUCCUCGACCGCACUGUUUUGGGUGCCUGCAUCCUUUCAGGAACUCUUUUUGUGUCGUACUACCUUUGGGCGACAUAUUUCUUCUCCUUCCUUAUGGUUGUGAACGGACUUAGCAUCACCGAAGCUUCGUAUGUCGGCAACACGUACACCAUGGGGUCGUGCUUCUUUGCACUGUUCAUCGGGGUCAUUAUCCGUUAUACCGGGAAAUUCAAGGGCCUUACUUUAUGGUUCGGUGUUCCCGUCACAAUGCUCGGCGUAGGCCUUAUGAUCCACUUCCGUCAACCAGGCGUCAAUGUCGGUUACGUAGUUAUGUGCCAAAUCUUCAUCGCCUUUGCAGGGGGAACUUGCGUAAUAUGUGAGCAGACCGCUGCGAUGGCCGCCACCUCCCAUCAGUUCGUCGCCGUCGUCCUUGCAAUGGAGGGGAUGUUUGCUUCCGUUGGAGGCGCCGUUGGUCAGGCCGUAGCAGGUGCAAUCUGGACUGGAGUCUUCCCCCAGAAGUUGUUGGAGCUUUUGCCCGAAGAAAGCAAGCAAUACUGGCCGGUCAUCUACGGAAGCCUGGGUGCUCAGCUCAGCUUCCCUAUGGGAACUCCUGAGAGAGAUGCGAUCAACGCUGCGUACGGCCACGCACAGAGGUACAUGUGCAUCGCGUCUGUGUGCAUUUUGGCAAUUUCGUGGGCAAGCGUCCUCCUGUGGAAGGAUAUCAACGUCAAAAAGUUCAAGCAGGUCAAAGGCACUGUUUUCUAG